GCACUUGGAGCACGGCGCAGCUGGGCGCUAAGAUGGCGGCGGCGUGAGUUGCAUGUUAUACGAGGAUCCCGGGGCUGCCGCAUUGCUCCGGCCCCGCCAUGGCCGUCAUCAUCACACUUAAAACGUUGCAGCAGCAGACCUUCAAGAUACGCAUGGAGCCUGAGGAGACGGUGAAGGUGCUGAAGGAAAAGAUAGAAGCUGAGAAGGGUAGAGAAGCUUUUCCUGUGGCCGGACAGAAGCUCAUCUAUGCUGGCAAGAUCUUGAGUGACGAUGUCCCCAUCAAGGAAUACCAUAUAGAUGAGAAGAACUUUGUGGUUGUCAUGGUGACCAAGACCAAGACUGGCCAGGGGACUCCAGCACCCCCAGAGGUGUCACCUACUGCUGCCUCGGAAUCCUCCACACCUUUCCCUCCGGCCCCGGCAUCAGGGAUGUCCCAUCCUCCACCUCCCAGCAGCGAGGACAAGAGCCCAUCAGAAGAUUCAGCCACCACAACAUCUCCAGAAUCCAUUUCUGGCUCUGUUCCUUCUUCAGGUAGCAGCGGGCGAGAGGAAGACGCAGCUUCCACAUUAGUGACUGGCUCUGAGUAUGAGACGAUGCUGACCGAGAUCAUGUCCAUGGGCUACGAGCGGGAACGGGUUGUGGCCGCGCUGAGGGCCAGCUACAACAACCCCCACAGAGCUGUGGAGUACUUGCUCACGGGAAUUCCCGGAAGCCCCGAGCCUGAGCAUGGUUCUGUCCAGGAGAGCCAGGUACCAGAACAGCCGGCCACAGAAACAGUGGAGAACCCCCUGGAGUUCCUGCGGGACCAGCCCCAGUUCCAGAAUAUGCGGCAAGUGAUUCAGCAGAACCCAGCGCUACUCCCUGCACUGCUCCAGCAGCUGGGCCAGGAGAACCCUCAGCUCUUGCAGCAAAUUAGCCGUCACCAGGAGCAGUUCAUCCAGAUGUUGAAUGAGCCCCCAGGGGAGCUGCCGGACGUCUCUGAUGUAGAGGGCGAGGUUGGUGCCAUAGGGGAGGAGGCCCCACAGAUGAACUAUAUCCAGGUGACGCCGCAGGAGAAGGAAGCUAUAGAAAGGCUGAAGGCACUGGGCUUCCCAGAGAGCCUGGUGAUCCAGGCUUACUUCGCGUGUGAAAAAAAUGAGAACUUGGCUGCCAACUUCCUCCUGAGUCAGAACUUUGAUGAUGAGUGACGCUGGGAGGCUGGAGUGCCCCCACCCCACUCCACAAAAGUUUUAUAAAAGAGAAAGUAUAUAUAUAUACACACACAUAUAUAUUCAUGUUUAUUUAAGAGGAAGAAAAAAUCAAAAACCAUUUAAAGAAAAAGAAAAACCACCACCUAGCCCAGAUUCCCACCUUCCUGAAGUGGCCCCUAUUCCCAUCUCAGUCCGACAAGACCUGGGCCAGACAGCUGUCCCCAUCCUCUUAACAGAGCCCAGCCUGCUCAAAGUUGCUGGCAAGACCAGGAGGUGACAGAUGGGCCCCUCUUGGCCUCUGUCCCAGCUCCCUGCAGCCAGAUGGAGAGGCGCCUGCCUGCUUCCCCAUCCCUGAAGCAUCCCCAAGGACAACCCACCUCCUCCUCCAUGAUGAG